GCCGGUUGCUGCAGUGCCCCAUCUGAGAUCUUCAGCCAGGGCACUGGCGUAGACACGCACGGCGCUGGUCUCCCGCCGGCACCGCGCCUGGAGCCCUCACACCAGGGACAGACUCACCCUCUGCCCCUCUCUCCGUCCCGCCAGCACCAUGAGCCGCCCAGGGCUGCUCGCCGUCCUGCUCCUGGCCGUGCCGGCCGUCUCCCUUCCUGUGGCAAACGACAUGAAUAAAGGGGACACUAAGGUGAUGAAGUGCAUUGUAGAGGUCAUCUCUGAUACUUUAUCGAAGCCAAACCCCCUGCCGAUCAGUGAAGAAUGCCUGGAAACACUCAGAGGAGAUGAACGAAUCAUUUCUAUCCUUCGCCACCAAAAUUUAUUGAAGGAACUUCAGGAAAUUGCGGCUCAAGGUGCCAAUGAGAGAACUCAGCAGCAGAAGAAAAACAGUGGCUUCGAAGAUGAACUUUCCGAAGUCCUUGAAAGUCAGAACGACAGGAACAAGCAGAGAGAUGCGGCAGGGGAGCGCCCUGAAGAGGAGCAGCCCACGGGGUCCCUGGCUGAGCUGGCAGCACAGAAAACCCAGCAAAAUGAAGAUUCAAGAGAGGAGGGAAAAAACAGCCUGGAGGAGAGGGAGCCCAGGCCACGGGAUGCUGACCCUGGUGAGAAGGAGGAUCGGGAGGAAGCAGAGAGCAACGAGAUUGGUGACAUAGAUGAUGCCCAGCGAGACAAAGCCUUGGACAACCACAUCAGCAAAGACUUCAGUGAGGAUGAGCAGCAGCAGCAAGAGGAUGAAGAGGAGCAGCCCAGAGGCCCCAGGGACAGCCUGGAGCUUGAGGACGAGGGAGAGCAGCCAUCCAGGCAGGGCCAGGAGCAGAGCAAGGAGGCAGCAGGGGAACGUGUGGAGCGGGAGGAUGAUGGAGGAGAUGAUGCUGCAGAGGAGGACCCUACCGAAGCAGAGAGGUCACUUGAUUUGGCUGAGGAGGACGAGGAGGCUGAGGAAACGCAGGGAGAUGACAAUAACGACGAUGUUCUGGGAUUUGGCAAAGAUGAGCGGAGCUCUGAGGAGGAGGAGGAAGAGCAGCCCCGGGCACUGAGAGGAGGAAGGCAUCGCCUGGAGGAUGAGGGGAUGCAGGGGGAGGAGGACACCUUCCAGCGCAGGGAUGCCAAAAGCGAGGAGAUGGAGGAGGAGUCCUCCAGGGAGUGGGAAGACUCCAAGAGGUGGAACAAAAUGGAUGAGCUGGCCAAGCAGCUGACAUCAAAGAAGCGCAUGGAGGAAAACGAUAGUGAGGAAGACCCAGACAGGUCCAUGAAAAUGGCAUUUAGGUCCCACAAGUAUGACUUCAGUAGUCCAGAGGAAGAUGUGAGAAGGUCAUGGAAACAUCACUCAAAGAAGGACAGCAGUGAAGGAGGCUUCCCACUUGCUCCCAUGCCUGAAGAAAAGAAGGAUGAGGAAGGCAGCGCUAACAGGAGAACAGAGGACCAGGAGCUGGAGAGCCUGGCCGCCAUCGAGGCAGAGCUGGAGCGCGUCGCCCACAAGCUGCAUGAGCUGAGGCGAGGCUGA